GGAACGAUCAAGGAACCUGCGAAACGGUCAAGGUUAUCCACGGCGAGCUAAUUCGGGCACCCCAAUGGCCCACCACGACGAAAGAUGAAACCAAACUGCGCUCUAAAGUGGUUUUCUUUGAUGUACGUGCAGUGCGCCUCAAUCCCAACAUAUGUCGUGCGUGAGAUACUUGUUCGUGCCGAGUUUUAAGUUCCCCAACAUUGUUGCCUGCCGGGUUGGGGUCCGGGCUGUUCAGAACUUUAGCAUUUCAACAACCUCCAGCCAUCUUGCCAACUCAUUCUUCUCGCGCAUUCAGACAAGUAAAGUUGGGCCCAGUGUCCUGGGUUCUUUUUGGGGUCCAUUAUAUAUACACAGGACAUGUCACCACCUCGCGCGCAUCGGCUAACAACCUAGAAAUCCCCGCCUCGACAUGGACCGCCCUGGCACCCCACCGCAACCUCAAGGAGCACCAGCCUCGAGACGGCCACCAUCCCCGCCAACACCCGAUGUCACCCGCCGGAUAGAAGAGUCGCGACUGCGCGCCAAAGCCAUUCGCGACCAGCGCGACAAAGAGCAAAGAUCCGCUGGAGUCCAGCCCGAACCCCGAACAGCCUCCGGCUUUGUCGCGACAGACGAUAUUCGGCUCGCCGGCCCCGCCGGGAAGAAGCGGCCGUACACAUCCAUCUCACGAACUGAGGUGCCGACAACGAAGCGCGAUGCGCGCACAACUGCCUCCAAAGAUGGGGCCGGCACAGGGGGCUCCGAGCUGCCGCCCAUGUCGCGCAAGUUUAGCAAAUAUGUCGAUUACAACUUCAGUGCCAUGACCGACACCAAGGGCGGCUUUCUAAGCACAGAGGAUGAUCCUUGGAACAAGAGCAUGUCUACAGGUGUCUCCGCAUCCGGCCCGCCGGGUGCCGAGCAGAAGCCGGCGCAUAUGUCGGCGGCUGAGUGGGAGCGGAUGCAGCUGCUCAGAAAGUUGCAACGCAACAAGUCAGGGCCGUUUGAGCCCUCGUUGAGCGUCCUCGCCGACGAGAAGACCAAGAAACGAUGCCGCGAGUGUCGCACCGUGGAGAUCGACUUUGUCUGGGAGGAGGUUUUUGGCUGCGCCGUGUGCAACACUUGCAAGGAAAAGUAUCCGGAGAAAUAUAGUUUGCUCACCAAGACAGAGUGCAAGGAGGAUUAUUUGUUGACGGAGCCCGAACUUAAAGACGAUGAACUCCUCCCGCACCUAUCUAAGCCGAAUCCACACAAGUCUCACUGGCAUGACAUGAUGCUCUUCCUCCGCUACCAGGUCGAGGACUACGCAUUCAACCAGAAGUGGGGUUCGACCGAAGCGCUGGAUGCCGAGUUCGAGAAGCGCGAGGCAGAUAAGAAGAGGCGCAAGGAGGCGAAGUUCAAAGAGAAACUCCUGGACCUGAAGCGAAAAACUAGGACAGAUGCAUUUCGCCGAAACAAUGCAAAGGCUGGGAGCAGCGCCGGGGGAGGUGGGAUAGGCAAGGCGACUAAAUUCGGGGAUACCAUCGGCGGCGGCGGGAAACAUGUGCAUGAAUGGGGGCGGACCGUCGAAAACGAGGAUGGAAUGACGGUGAAGACAUGCUUGACCUGUGAUAUGGAAGUCGAAGAGCUAGAGCUGUGAAGACAUCACGCCACCUCGGAGCGUCUUGAGGGAGAAUUAUUGAGGGAUAACAUUUUAAU